AUGUCGGCUUCGCUUGCUUCUGAAUGUAAUGAAGUCAAAGAGAAAUAUGAUACAUGCUUUCUCAAAUGGUAUUCUGAGAAAUACAUUCGGGGCAAUUCGUCCACUGACGAAUGCGAACCGUUGUUUAAACAAUAUAAGACUUGCUUAACGAAGGCCCUCAAGGAGAAAGGCAUUGACAAGAUGCUGUCAGACGUCCGAGAGGGCACCGUCGAGACUGAUGCAGAGUAUCUGCGACGAUGA